GGCACAGUUCAUUUCUAAAGACACCAGUGUAAAGUAGUGGUAGAUGCGAACAACUGUCUAAAGGACAUUUUAUGAAAACACCUAAACGGUUACAAGCAACAACAAGAGCGAUGGCAACGCGUACCCGAAAACAUCAACACACACACAACUGGAUUGCGUUUCUAUUCACUUGGACCUGUUGUGUCGCACUUGUGGCGGGCCAGGGUUUACGUUUGCCCGAUCAACAACCCCAACAACAGCAACAACAGCCGCAACCACAACAAAAUGUGCAGCAGAUUUUUGUGCCACAGCAACAGCCACAACCACAACAACAACAACAGCAAUUUCAACAACAACAAUCACCUGCUGUGAGCUAUGGGCAGGAGCGUGGGUUGGGCUCCGCUUUCUUAAGCCUAAUCGGUCUGCAGCAUGACAACGACCCCUAUUUAGCGCGCACCAAUCAAAAUUGUGUGAGCGGCGAUUUGUCCGAGUGCUUUAAGACGCAGGCGCUAAGCAGCUUCGAUGAGAUAUUCUAUCGUGAUCAAUAUGCUUUGUCUGAUUUUGCGCGUGUCAUCCGUUUACCCGAAACGCAACAACGUUCGCUCUUGCAAGAGCCAUUCGAGUAUUCACAGGAGCCGCUCAACGAGGACACCGAUUGGGAUCAAUUGAUAAAAUAUGCGUUGAGGCGCGCUGAACGCUUUGUCAAGUCUACAGCUUUGGAAAUCGAUGUACCUGAGGAGCUCACCGAGGCGGGACGUUAUUCGGCGCGUUUCAUAGGAAAUGACAUUGAUAGCGAAUUGGAUGUCAUUGAGGACAAGCAUGCGCCCGUCUUCAGUAAGUCGCGCUCCAAAUCAUCGCGCAAGAAGUUGAAGAAAAUGAUCAUUCCACUGCUGUUGGUAUUGAAAAUAUUCAAGCUGAAAUUGUUGCUCUUCCUGCCCUUCAUCCUCGGCAUUGUUGGUCUUAAGAAAAUACUCGGCUUGGCUGCCAUCAUACUGCCUGGCUUAUUCGCUUAUUUCAAACUGUGUCGCCCACAAGGCGGUCCCACCUUUGGCGGUGGUGGUGCCUUCUCUGGCCUCUUUGGCAGCAAGAACACAGUACCCGAAUACUCGCCGCAAGGUGUGGGCUCAGCCACCUACUACCAUCAUCACGACCACUACGAUGGUGGCAAUGGACAAUUUUAUCGUCAGGAUCCCGCCUUCUCUAAGCCAUACACAGAUUAUUAUAGCAAAAACCAAGCUGGUGCCAGCAACUCUGUGAGCUUUGGUGACGCCCAUGAAGCUGCUUAUUCUGGUUAUUAUGGCCGCAACACUGGCAAGGAUAUACAGAGUGAGCAGAAGAGUUAAGCCGCAAGGCUGCGCGGGAGAGCACUUCAUUUUCCAUACUGCCAUUUUUAACACCUGCACGACUUUGCGAAGUGUACGCGUGUGUUUUUUGUUUUUGUUUUGUUGUUAUAUUAAACUUGACAUUGAUCUUGUUGUACGCUUGUGCUCGUUUUCAUCGACAGUUAGAUUUGUUAAUAAGUUUCUUUGUUGCUCAAUCUUUAAAUUUGGAAAAUAUUGAGCGCGCAUCUAAUGUCCUAGCUAAAUUAUUUAUUAUAUACUCAUAUGUUUUUAUGUAAUUUUAUAAAUAAAU